UAGAUUCCUUACGCAAAAUGGCGGACGUAAGGUAAAACACGAGCGGCAUGCGGCCGGCGGUUUACGUGUUCCAGCAGAGAGCAGGUGCUGCAGUAAGGACUGUGGUGUUGCAGAAGGGAGGCAGAAGUGCCUGCACACCUGUGAGGCAGACAUGUGACGUACCUGCCAGGUGCCUCCACACCUGGGACACACCAUGGGAUAAAAGAUGGUACUCCUCCAAGGCCCCCUCCAGCAUCACACCACAGCACACCUACAGAGCUGUUUCCAGAGAAAAUGUUGAAAAUGACUACAGGAGAAUCCUCCCCACCUCAGCCAGUGUGCCAGCCUCUAGUACAGAACCUCUACAGGGAGACAGCAGACAGGAGACAGGCCACAACAAACCUACAACCAUCGCUGAGGACGGGGUACCAGCCACUGGUGUAGAUGACGUGGAUGCAGACCCAGAAGUUCUGCCUCCCAACCAGCUCUGGAGGGAACAAAGACUGGACCUGGGCAAACUGCCGGGAUACUACAUGAAGUUAUCCAAAAUCAGACUCACAGGCCUUGUAGUGAUCAGUGCUAUGGGUGGGUACUACAUGGCACCUGGUAGUCAUGACAUCUCCACAUUUGUACUGGCCAUGACUGGAACUGGGCUGACUUCAUGUGCAGCUAACACUAUCAACCAGGUGUUUGAAGUUCCUUUUGACUCCCAGAUGGAUAGAACCAGGAACAGAGUCCUGGUCAGAGGGCUGCUCAGUCCCCUCCAUGCAGUAGGUUUUGCCACAGUGGCAGGCUCCACUGGCACACUACUGCUAUACAACUGGAUCAACCCACUCACGGCAGCCCUGGGGGUGGGCAACCUGGCCCUCUACACACUCCUGUACACCCCCAUGAAGAGAAUGAGCAUUGCCAACACAUGGGUGGGGUCAGUAGUGGGAGCUAUUCCUCCCCUGAUGGGCUGGGCUGCCUGUACAGGAGGACUAGAGGCAGGAGCGUGGGUGCUUGCUGGCAUACUGUACUCCUGGCAGUUCCCACACUUCAACGCCCUGAGCUGGCGUCUGCGGCCGGACUACUCCCGCGCCGGGUACUGCAUGAUGUCAGUCACCAACCCGGACCUGUGUCGCCGCGUCGCCCUACGCCACUGCCUACUCAUCACCACCGUCUGUUCCCUCGCGCCGCUCACAAACCUUACCACCUGGGCCUUCGCUUUCAACUCCCUCCCCCUCAACCUCUACUUCACCUACCUCGGGUGGAAGUUCUACGAAGACGCCAACAACCAAUCAGCACGGAGGUUGUUCAUGGCCAGCCUAUGGCACCUCCCGACACUACUCCUGUGUAUGUUCAUAUGUAAAAAGUCCCUACAUGAUAAGGACAAAAAGGACAAUGUUAAAGCCUUCACAGAUUUUGUAGUGGGAUUCCAUCCCUUUCCUGUGCUGCCUUUCCACAGAUUAUAACAUUAUAGUCAUGUACAAAUGUAAAGAAAGAGGUUUUAUUGCUGUGAUUAUUACAUGAGAGUACACAUUGAAAUUGGUACUUAAUGAGAGUACAUGUAUGUUGAUACAUUGUGUAAAAUGUCAGAUUCUUGUUGCAAGGCUAAGUAAGUUUUGAUUGGUUUGUUGUAAUGUACAUAAGAAUAUUGAGCUCAACUAGGUUCUGAAUGUACUGUGCAACUCAGGUAAUUUGCACAUGAACGUGUAUAUAGAAUGCCAGAUACUGUAAAGCUUGAAAUAUUUGCAGGACUUUACUUCCUUUGAUUGAGCUGCAACUUUAUGCUAAAGGUCUUGAAACACAGCACUAUAAGCCACCUUUGUUGAUGAAGGUUAGACAUCUAGGUAAACAAUAUUCAGGCAAUUUAAACUCCACUCCUGGAUAAAUUAUGAUUUCUUCUGUUUCGCACCAAUUACUCUUCUUCAGCAUUUCUGAACUUGUCAACCACAUUUGAAAGUAUUGUGACUUACUAGUACUUUCAUGUCUAUU